AUGUCCUCACCCCUAGAAAGCUUCCGCAAAUUCAGCCCACGCACCCGUAUGGGCAUCGGCUUUGGCUUCCUCGCCUGGGGCGCAAUCGGCUUAUACGUUAGUGACCGCGCGGAGAAGAGAUUGGGGUUCGAGCCGAGUCAGAAGGAUAGGGAUGCUUUGCAGGCUGUGGUGCCGAGGAUUACUGUUGUGGAGAGGGAGGGUUGA